AUGUUCUCCAAAUCAAUUGCUAACCCUUUAUUGGCCUCAACCGUCAAAUCCACUUUCAAAUCAAACUUGAGAACCUAUGCUACCGCAGGUAAAGAUCUUAAAUCCACUCUUAUCUCAAUUAUCCCAGAAAGAAAAGAGGCCUUUUUAAAAGUUAAAAAGGAAUAUUCCGAUAAAACAAUUGGUGAGCUAACCGUUGGUCAAUGUUUAGGUGGUAUGAGAGGUACUAAAUCCUUGUACUGGGAAUCAUCUGUCUUGGACCCCAACGAAGGUAUCAGAUUCCACAACAAGACUAUCGAUGAGUGUCAAGAGUUUUUACCAAAAUCAAAGCACGAAAUCGGCGACAAAUUGUCCAUCUUCUUGCCUGAAUCAAUGUUCUGGUAUCUUUUAACUGGCCAAGUUCCAACCCAAGAACAGGUCAACGCCUUUUCUAAGGAAUUGGCCGAAAAAGCUGAAUUACCCGCCUACUGCGAAAAAAUCUUGGACUCAUUACCAUCAACUUUGCAUCCAAUGACCCAAAUGUCCAUUGCCAUCUCUGCCUUGAACCAUGAUUCCUUAUUCGCUAAGGCCUAUGAAAAAGGUAUUGCUAAGGCUGACUACUGGGAGUAUGUCUUUGACGAUGUUAUCAACUUAAUCGCCAAAUUGCCUGCCAUUGCCGGUAAAAUCUACCAAAACACCUACAAGACCGAUAUCCUCAAAUCGAAAAACACCUCGGAAUUAGGUCAAUUAAACAAAGACCAAGAUUGGUCCUACAACAUUGCUUCUUUCCUCGGUAUGACCGAAAAGGACUCUCUCAAUAUCAACAACUUCAGCACAACUGAAUCAAAGGAUUUCGUCAACUUGGUUCGUCUUUACUGUGCUCUCCAUGGUGACCACGAAGGUGGUAACGUCUCCUCCCAUGCCACUCACUUGGUUGGUUCUGCUUUAUCCGACCCUUACUUGUCUUACUCUGCUGGUAUCCAAGGUUUGGCUGGUCCUUUGCAUGGUUUGGCUGCUCAAGAAGUCGUCAGAUUCAUCACAACAAUGAAAGAAAAACUUGUUGGUAACGGUGACAAAUUGCCUUCUGACGAAAAAAUCGUUGAAUACUUGUGGAGCAUCUUGAACUCUGGCAGAGUUAUCCCAGGUUACGGUCAUGCUGUCUUAAGAAAACCUGAUCCAAGAUUCAAAGCCAUGUUGGAAUUUGGUUUAGCCAGACCUUCCAUUGCUGAAAACGAUAUCUUCUUCCAAUUUGUUCACAAAUUGUCCCAAGUCGCCCCAGGUGUCUUGACUGAACAUGGUAAGACCAAAAACCCUUACCCAAAUGUCGACUCAGGUUCUGGUAUCUUGUUCUACCACUAUGGUAUCAAAGAAACUUUAUACUUCACUGUCAUCUUCGGUUGUUCAAGAGCUUUAGGUCCAUUAAACCAAUUAAUCUGGGAUAGAAUCCUCGGUUUACCAAUCGAAAGACCAAAGAGUAUCGAUUUAGCUACCAUUGCUAAGCUCUCCAAAUAG